ACUUGUUACUGUAAAUCCUGUGGCUAUAAUAGCUCAGGGCUGUUGUACAAGUUCAGAAGGACUUAUCUGAUUAUUUGUAAAGAAAAAAAUGUGACGUGUCGCUUUAGAAGAAGUUUAAAGAUUGUUCAGUAAAAUAUGAGCUGGGACAGAGACAGAGAUGAGACACAUCGGAUAUGUUCAUGCAGUCUGCUUUUGAGACCGACAACCCAAGGAUAUACCUGCCGACAGGAACGGAUCCAAUUUUGUAUAUGAACAGAGAACAGACUGUGCACACCUCGACCUUGUCUUAUCAGUCUAAUAAAGGGGAAGAUAGGGUAGAAGGUGUGGACGGACUGCACUGAUAGAAAAGCCCCUGUGACAUGAGAGAAACGUCACUGAGAGCAGCUCAUCACAGCAGUUACGACCAAACUGAACAAUGAAGAAGAAUAAAAGUGAAAACUCUGCAGGGAUGAGUGCAGAUAAAACCACAAAAUCAUACAAAGCUGAUGAAGAUGCUGACCCCAAGAAUGGCAGUGACAAAACAAAAGAGAAGGUCCUGACCGUUGGAUUCUUUCAGCUGUUCCGCUUUGCCACAUGGAAGGAGGUGCUGAUGAUGGUGGUGGGAACCGUGUGCUCUCUGGUCCACGGCGCUGCGUCUCCCCUCAUGCUGUUGGUGUAUGGCCAGAUGACCAACACCUUUGUGGAGUAUGAGAUUGAGAUUCAGGAAUUGGCUGACCCGAACAAAACCUGCGUUAAUAACACCAUCACCUGGCUGGAUGGGACUGUUGUUGAGAGGCCGGACAACAGCACUACGUACUGUGGGGUGGAUAUUGAGGCUGAAAUGACCAAGUUUGCAUUUUACUAUGUUGGAAUUGGAGUUGGAGUCCUUAUUCUGAGUUACUUUCAGAUCGCUCUCUGGGUUUCUGCUGCCGCCAGGCAGAUCCAACGCAUCAGGAAAAUGUACUUCAGGAAAAUAAUGCGCAUGGAGAUCGGCUGGUUUGACUGCAACUCUGUUGGAGAACUGAACACAAGGAUAUCUGAUGAUGUCAACAAAAUCAACAACGCUAUAGCAGACCAGGUGUCCAUCUUCAUCGAGAGGAUCUCAACGUUCAUAUUUGGUUUCAUGGUUGGGUUCAUCGGCGGAUGGAAGCUGACGCUGGUGGUGAUCGCAGUGAGUCCUCUCAUAGGACUGGCUGCAGGGCUCAUGGCGAUGGCUGUGGCGAGGCUGACGGGUCGUGAGUUGAAGGCCUACGCUAAAGCUGGAGCCGUAGCUGAUGAAGUCCUUUCCUCCAUCAGAACGGUGGCAGCUUUUGGAGGAGAGAACAAAGAGGCAGAGAGGUAUGACAGGAACCUUGUGGAAGCCCAGGCUUGGGGUAUUAAGAAGGGAGUGAUAAUUGGGGUGUUUCAGGGUUACCUUUGGUGCAUCAUAUUCCUGUGUUAUGCUCUGGCUUUCUGGUAUGGUUCAAAACUGGUCAUUGAAACCAAGGAGCUCACACCCGGCGGCCUCAUUCAGGUGUUCUUUGGUGUUCUUAUGGGUGCCAUGAAUCUGGGCCAGGCCUCGCCUUGUCUUGAGGCCUUUGCCUCUGGUCGGGCAGCAGCCAAGAGUAUAUUUGACACUAUUGACAGGGAACCAGAAAUCGAUUGCUUCUCAGAAGAAGGUCAUACGUUAGAUAAAAUUAAAGGUGACAUUGAAUUCCACAGCGUUCAGUUCAACUACCCCUCUCGUCCUGAAGUGAAAAUAUUAGAUAAUUUGAAUGUUUUGGUCAAAGCUGGUGAGACAACUGCAUUUGUUGGACCCAGUGGAUCAGGAAAAAGCACAGCAAUCCAACUCAUUCAGAGGUUCUACGACCCAAAAGAAGGAAUGGUCACUCUAGAUGGUCAUGACAUAAGAAGCCUAAAUAUACAGUGGUUGCGUUCCCUUAUUGGCAUAGUGGAACAAGAGCCUGUUCUGUUCGCCACUACGAUUGCUGAGAACAUCCGAUACGGCCGUCCUGGAGUCACCAUGGUGGAAAUUAUAGAAGCUGCCAAACAAGCCAAUGCUUACAACUUCAUCAUGGAUCUUCCUCAGAAAUUUGACACAUUGGUGGGUGAAGGUGGGGGUCAGAUGAGUGGAGGGCAGAAACAGAGGAUUGCCAUUGCUCGAGCAUUGGUCAGGAAUCCCAGAAUCCUCCUGUUGGACAUGGCCACAUCAGCGCUGGAUAAUGAGAGUGAGGCUGUAGUACAAGAAGCCUUGGACAAGGCUCGACAGGGAAGAACAACUAUCAGCAUCGCACACCGUCUGUCCACCAUCCGCAACGCAGAUGUGAUCGUGGGUUUUGAGCAUGGACGUGCUGUAGAGAGAGGCACACACAGCCAGUUACUGGACAGAAAGGGAGUUUACUUCACCCUAGUCACACUUCAGAAUCAAGAAAAGGAUACAGACAGCGAUAAACCAGAGAACACUGCUGAGAUGACCGUUACAGAGGAGGAUGGACUUGAGAAAGUAAGGAGCUUCAGCAGAGGAAGUUACGGGAGCACCUUAAGGCGUUCUUUGAGACAGCGCUCACAUUCUCAGAUGUCAAACAACAUUCCUGAUGCCAUAUCUGGAAAACUCGAAGUCCACGCUGACCUUUUAGAAAUGGAGGAAGAUGAAGCAAACAGCGAGAAAAGCAAGGGUAAAGUUAAAGAGGUCAUUCAACCAGCUCCUGUGGCACGAAUCCUGAAGUAUAACCGUCCUGAGUGGCCGUAUAUGCUGAUGGGCUCUUUAGGUGCUGCUGUUAAUGGAUCGGUCAACCCCAUCUAUGCGCUUUUAUUCAGCGAAAUUCUUGGGACAUUCUCCAUUCAAGACCUGGUUGAACAGAGGAGGCAGAUAAACGGGAUUUGUGUUUUGUUUGUCAGCAUAGGAGUCGUGAGCUUCUUUUCACAGUUCUUGCAGGGUUACUCAUUUGCCAAAUCAGGAGAGCUGUUGACUCGCAGGCUAAGGAAGGUUGGAUUUCAGGCAAUGCUAAAGCAAGAGAUCGGCUGGUUCGACAACCCCAUGAACAGUCCUGGUGCUCUAACUACCAGACUAGCCACCGACGCCUCCAUGGUGCAGGGGGCUACAGGAUCACAGAUCGGCAUGAUCGUGAACUCGCUGACCAACAUCGGCGCUUCCUUCAUUAUUGCGUAUUACUUCAGCUGGAAACUGAGUCUAGUGGUCACCUGCUUCCUUCCUCUCAUCGGUCUAUCUGGAGUUUUUCAGUCUAAAAUGUUAACAGGAUUUGCUAAUGAAGAUAAAAAUGCAUUGGAGGCUGCUGGACAGGUGUCCAGUGAAGCUCUGAGCAACAUCAGGACCAUCGCCGGUUUAGCCAAAGAGAAACACUUUGUGUCUCAAUAUGAAGAGCAACUACAAGCACCAUAUAAAGGGGCAAAGAAAAAAGCUCACAUUUAUGGGAUCUGUUUUGCAUUCGCCCAGUGUGUCAUUUUCAUGGCUUUCGCUGCCUCUUUUAGAUACGGCGGCUAUCUGGUCAGUAAUGAGGGGCUUCCAUACAUGCUGGUGUUCAGAGUCAUUUCGGCUCUAGUGACUAGUGCCAGUGCACUUGGCAGAGCUUCAUCUUUCACACCAGACUACGCCAAGGCUAAGAUUGCUGCUGCCCAACUUUUUAAACUGUUGGAUAGGGUUCCCAAAAUUAGCAUCAGCAAAACAGAAGGACAAAGCUGGGAUGACUUCAGGGGCCAAAUAGAAUUUAAAGGGUGCAGGUUCACGUAUCCCAGCAGGCCAGACAUCCAGGUUUUGAGAGGGCUGGAGGUGUCGGUACAUCCAGGACAGACUCUUGCUUUUGUGGGCAGCAGCGGCUGCGGGAAGAGCACCAGCGUUCAACUGCUGGAACGAUUCUACGACCCUGAUGAAGGACAAGUGUUGAUCGAUGGACGUCCAUCUGCAAGCAUCAGCGUGGCCUUCCUGAGGUCUCAGAUUGGCAUCGUAUCUCAAGAGCCGGUGCUGUUCGACUGCAGUAUCGCUGAGAAUAUCCAGUACGGUGAUAAUUCUCGUACCGUGAGCAUGGAGGAAAUAAUAGAGGCUGCUAAGAAGGCCUAUCUGCACGAUUUUGUGAUGACGCUACCUGAUAAAUAUGAAACUCAGGUCGGUGCUCAAGGCUCUCAGCUGUCCCGUGGACAGAAACAGCGCAUAGCAAUUGCAAGAGCCAUCGUCAGAAACCCUAAAAUCCUCCUGCUGGAUGAGGCCACGUCUGCACUGGAUACUGAGAGUGAGAAGGUUGUUCAGGCCGCACUGGAUGAGGCCCGACAGGGACGCACAUGUAUCGUCAUUGCUCACAGACUUUCCACCAUUCAGUCUGCUGACAUCAUCGCUGUGAUGUCACAGGGCAUGGUCAUCGAGAAAGGGACCCACGAGGAGCUCAUGGCCAGAAAAGCAGCAUACUACAAACUCGUCACCACAGGGGCCCCUAUUAGUUAAAAAUUAGAUAGCGUUUCGACAAGCAGGUAGCCCCCGCCUCAAACCUCACGCCACUACUUGAGCAAUUGUUGGUUUGUCUGGCAAUGUCUGGCCAAGUCUGGUCGCUCAAAUAGAUUACCACUCAUUACAUUUGGUGAUGGAAUUACUUAUUGUUGAGGUGUUUUUUUAUUGAUAUAUAUUUAUUGAUAAGUGGACAUUUAUUAUGUCUUAUGUCAACAUGGCCGACAUUAACAUCUUGUCGCUACCGUCGGAGUGCAACCGGUACAGCCAGUUCUUCCUUGCACCAGGUUGUGGACCCAGGGCUAAUCACCCGGGUCCAUGUAAAAACAAUAAAGGAUUUUGAAAUCAACAAA